AUUUGAUUAUUACUUCAUAAUCUAAUCCAUUCUGACGACACAGAGGAAACUGUAGUUUCCAUGACUGCAGUAGAAUUGAAAUUUUUCUUUUGAAUGCUGUACCGAAAGAACCUGGAGUCAAAUUUUCAUUUGAGUAACUGAAAUAAAUAGUCAACAUGGCUUUCACAUUGAAGACUUUCCUUCCUGCUGCAAGUGUCGCCUUGGCUGGUGGAGCUGGAGCUUUCUAUUACCAGAAGACCAGAACACCACAAGCUGCGUUGGAAGCUGCCUCUGGAGGAAACAGAUACCCAGCAAGUGCUGAAUACCCAGACUUAUCCAAGCAUCACAAUGUUCUAGCAAAUCAUCUCACUCCUGACGUAUAUCGUCAACUUAGAGAUCGCGUCACUCCCCACGGUGUCACCCUGGAUACGUGUAUUCAAACAGGAGUCGACAAUCCAGGACAUCCAUUUAUUACGACCGUGGGUUUGGUUGCAGGAGACGAAGACUCUUACGAGGUCUUCAAGGAACUCUUCUACCCCGUAAUCAAGGAACGUCAUAAUGGAUAUGAUCCGGAAACUCAGACCCAUCCUAUCAAUCUCGACCCAAGUCAGAUCAGAGGAGGAAAAUUGGAUGAAAAUUACGUCCUUUCGUCCCGUGUCCGUACCGGACGUGCUAUCCGCGGCAUUCCCCACCCUCCUUCCUGCUCAAGAGCAGAAAGAAGAGAGUUGGAGAGAGUCAUUGUCGAUGCCCUUCAAGGUCUCCCCACGGAUUUGGCAGGAAAAUACUAUUCUCUCAAAUCUAUGACAGAAGAAGAACAAGAUCAGCUGAUUAAUGACCAUUUCCUUUUCGACAAACCCGUGUCUCCUCUCCUCUUAUCCGCUGGUAUGGCCCGUGAUUGGCCAGAUGCUCGCGGUAUUUUCCACAACGACAAGAAGAACUUCCUCGUCUGGAUCAACGAAGAAGAUCAUGCAAGAAUCAUUUCUAUGGAACAAGGCGGUGAUAUGAGGGCUGUUUUUACUCGUUUCUGUCGCGGCAUCAACGAGGUUGAACGUUUGAUUCAAAACAAAGGGUGGGAAUUCCAGAGAUCAGAUAACCUUGGCUACAUCCUGACCUGCCCGUCCAACAUUGGCAACGGUCUCAGAUGCGGAGUUCACGUCAAAAUUCCUCUUCUGUCAAAGGAUGCCAGAUUUCCUGAAAUUCUAGAAAAACUUCGUCUUCAGAAGCGAGGUACCGGUGGUGUAGACACCGCUGCAGUUGGAGGAACCUUUGACAUCUCGAACUUGGACCGACUCGGACAAUCUGAGGUUCAACUCGUUCAGAAGGUGAUCGAUGGAGUAACUCUCCUCGUCGACAUGGAGAAAUUACUCGAAAAGAGAAAGAGCAUCAACUCCCUUGUUUCCAAAAUAAGAUAGAUAAAAUUCCUUUAAAGUUCUAGUUUUUUUUCUGAUAUAGAGAUUAGUUUAUUAUUUAAAAGUUGAUUAAUUAGUUAAAAAUGUAUAUUUAAAAUAUUUUAUAUAGGUCAUAUUUUUUUUUUUUUAAUAAAAAAAAUUUAAAAUUAUUUUUUUGUGUUUUUUUGAAAUUUUGUAGAUUUAUUAUAUAAUUCCUGUACAACUGUGAUUUGUAGCAAAAACUGUAAAUAAUUUUUUUUCCGGAUAAAACAUCUUUUUCUGGUUAAUUCAAGAUUUUUCUCGGAAAAUACCUAUAAUCUAUCUAUUCGGUAUAUAUCGUCUCAUUUACACAACUUAAUACUUACCUUAAUUAGGAUAGUUUAUGAGAUAAGGUUUUCGGAUUAGUAGUCGAUAAUCCGUGGUUUUUCAUAUUUUCCGAAAAUAGUUUUUAGUUAUUUUUUCUUUAUUUUUCAAGUGUUUUUUGUACCAGCCUACUUCAUAAAAUGUUCCUCAGUAGUUUCCGACGUUUUUACGCUUGAGUGAUUUAUAUUUUGGCGGGAAAUUUGAAAAAUCCCUUUCUAAAGUCUGUUCGCCUUUAGGCAACAAAUUCGCGCUUUGUCUUCCUUUGUAAAUACGUGAUGAUGAGUAGUUUUUGAUUAAAAACAGUGUUGAAAAUAUUCAUAAAAUUCAUUUGCAUUUCUGUGUAUGUUUUUAUCCCAUGCUUUUGAUGUUCAUUUGAAUUUAUUUUUAUAUUUUCAACACUGUUUGAGCGAGAAAAAUUAAAAAAAUAGAAUAAGUGCUUGCAUUUGACUGUCUUUGAACUUCGUCAUUGUUUCAUAUAAAACCCUCCAAAGUGAUUGAAAAAUUAAACUACAGCAAUUUUUGACAUUUGUUAUGUGGGAAAGACUGUUUUAACUUUCGGCGGAUAUAGAAUCCUUGUAUAUAAUCAACUAUUCCAAAAAAUACUAAUUAUUAUUUAUUAAAUAAUUUUACAACACGACCUUUUUAAUUCAAAUAUAAAACUUAAAUUAAAUUUCUAGAUUAUUCUGAAUUUCCAUCUUUACAAAUACAUUUCCCAAACAGACUGAACUUGACCAUAUUCAAUUUACGUACUUUCUUCAACAUAAAAAAAAAAUUACUCGGUAUUAUGACCUCUAGUCAGUCAUCACUCUUGUGCUUCUUUUGUUUUUAAUUUUUCCCGCGCUUUUUUCAUGUUUAUGUCAAGUUACCAAACCAGUAUUACUAUAAACCUAGAACCUUGUACAUACAUGUAGUUAUAUCAUAGGAAUAGCGUUUUUCUUUGCCAGGCAUGGGACGAGGAUAAAUAUUGGCUCAAGAAUUUGCCAUUUAUAAUCCAUUUGUGUCCGAAAGUCACCAUUUUGAGUCCAAUUACCAUGCUUGGCUUUUACAAUAUACUAUAUAUUCUCACCAUAGAACUUUGAAACUUUAAAAAUUAUUUACAUAUAAUAUAUCAUUAACGUAUAAAAUAUAGUAAUUUAACCUAUUAUUUUUAACAUUCCACACUGAUUGCACUUCCACUAUUUAUAUUCUAUAUAAUAUACUUUAAUUAACCUUAUUAUUUAUUUAAAAAAAUCAGUAAUUUAUAAAGGCAUCAAUUAACGGCACUUCAUUUUUAAAGUGGGCGUAUACUAUCGAUUCUAAUUGUUCAAGCGAAUCGAUAUGACACGCCCCUAAAUUUGAAAAUAAAUGUAAUAUCAAUCAACACCGAAAUGCCUUUACUUUACUGCGUUUUUUCAGCUGUUUUGUAUCCAUAUCAUAAGGACGUAUACACUGUUACUAACCAUACCACCCAAGAUUGUAUUGCUGUAUAUAUAAUUAUUUAGUGUUUUGUCACAAAUUCAAGCAAAUUUUUUACCUAUUUUCACAAAAAGUAGUUUUUUUAGCUCUCUAUCACAAAAUUGGUCCGAAAAAGUGAAAAAUGUAGAUUUUACGUUGUAUUUCGGCUUUCGAAUUUUAUUUGUAGCUUUUUUUGAUCCAACGUGCCAAAAUUUACAAUUUCGAUGUAGUGGUGUUCCAAUAUUUUUGCUCCCCCGCUUGCUUUGCUUACAAAUCACCCUCGCCCAAAAAUUUUAACCUCUCCCACCAGGGAUGUGGAGUCAGAGAAAAUGUACAACUGACUCCGGCAACUAACUCCGGAUUGUAAAAUAUUCGACUCCAGCUCCGAACACCGAGUAAAACCAUUUUUGAUGACAAACAUACUAGUGUAGGUCGGUUAGUGAAAUUAAUUCGCUUUGAGUUUUAGUAGGAAAUUUUGACCUAUUUUCUUGUCAUUGAAAGUUUGCAACUUCGACUCCGGGAAAUUCAAAAUUAUGACUCUGAUUCCAGGAGAGUUUGAAAAUCCGGCUCCGGAACCAGUAAAACAACUCCGACUCCAUAGACUUGUUUUCCAUGAGUGCUACAUUAUCGCGAGAUAGCGUUUUUCAAAAAACAUCAAAAACGAAAUUCUUACAAAGCGAUCAUUCUCUUCUGCCUGCUUGUGGUGUUACGAGUCAAUUUUCAGAUUACGGAUUUCAAAUUGUAGACUCCCACCCCCACCUUCUCACCUCAUACCUACACUUUGCAUGCGUAUCCCUUUUUUGCGUCGUUAUGCUUAAAUAAUUUUAGCGUAGAAAGCACUCAAUUACGUUUUAGCGUCUCAGUCACCAACAUAUUAUUUAUUGUAAAUAAGUUUUUUUUUCUCACACUGUUAAAAAGUAUCGGCCCAAUCCUUGCAUUUAUGUUUUAUUUGGAUAAGUUGGCAAAUUUAGAUCUAUUUUGUCAUUCUUCGAUUCCAAAUAGCGCAUAACUACAUGUAGAUUCAACAUACCUUUUAACAGUGUUUUCAAUCUUUCAGAAACUAGAUUUACCAACUAUGGUCCAAUGAUAAAUCGAGCUUCAACGUAUGUUGGUCCAUACUUGGAAAUUUCUAAGACAGUCUCUGAUUGGUUGAUUAGUUUUUUCACUUUUUGUUAGUUUGUUUUUUAUAUUUUUCGUAGAGAGGGGCGAAUCGUUCGUCCCAUCUUGACCGACCAAGGCUAUCCACUGUGCACAACGUAGUUUUAUCACUUUGAGUGUUUUUAGAGCAAAAAUAUACAUAUUUGGGUUUUUAA